GGUGGCAAACCAGAAAAAGAAAUAGAAAAAAAAAUCUAUCUUUGUUUCUCACAUUUCAUUCAUUCUACACUUGGCUCUAGAAAUUCUUUCUCCACUCUUAAGCGAAGAUGUUCUGUAAAGCGUCUUCCGCUGUUGCCUCUUUGCAGUGCGUUAGGGUGAAAGAUCUUCGUUUAUGGCCCAAAAUGAGACAAAAUAGCUUCAGAAGGCGUUUGUUGUAUGGAUUUGGGAGCUUCUUGUCAAGACCGUUGAAAACCUUGCGUGCAGUUAGUCAUUCACAUAAAGUCGGUCAAUAUUUAUGUAGCAUCGCCAGUAUGGCAUCUACAUUACAGAUUGAACUGGUACCAUGCCUCAAGGACAACUAUGCAUAUCUUUUGCAUGACGUAGGUACGGGUACUGUUGGAGUAGUAGAUCCUUCCGAAGCUACGCCUGUAAUAGAUGCAUUGAAUAGGACAAAUCGGAAUCUAACAUAUAUUCUCAACACACAUCACCAUUUUGAUCACACUGGUGGGAAUUUGGAGCUGAAAGAAAGGUAUGGUGCAAAGAUAAUUGGUGCAAGUGCAGACAGCGAUAGAAUUCCUGGAAUUGAUAUAGCUUUGAAGGACGGAGACAAGUGGAUGUUCGCAGGCCACGAGGUGGUUGUAAUGGAAACCCCUGGUCACACAGUAGGUCAUGUUAGCUACUAUUUUCCAGGAUCUGGUGCCAUAUUUACAGGAGACACUUUGUUUAGCUUGUCAUGUGGCAAGCUUUUCGAAGGAACACCUGAGCAGAUGUUCACAUCUCUUGGAAAAAUCAUGUCUUUGCCAGAUAACACAAACAUAUACUGCGGACAUGAAUACACUUCAAGUAAUUCGAAAUUCGCUCUGUCCGUAGAGCCCAAGAACGUGGCUCUUCAGUCCUAUGCUGCCCAAGUGGCCAAGCUCCGAAGUAAAGGCUUGCCCACGAUUCCAACUACACUGAAGACAGAGAAAUCAUGUAAUCCAUUCUUGCGCACAACAAGUCCGGAAAUCAGGCAGUUGUUGAAAAUUCCAAACACCGCAAAUGAUGCUGAAGCCUUGGGAGUCAUCCGCAAAGCAAAAGAUAACUUUUAGGUUUCUUUUAUCAGGUUGUUUUAAAAUCAGUCUAUACGGGAAGUGCAACACAGGGCAAAAACAAAACACCAGUGAUACAUCCUGUACAAAAGGUAAAAUGAUAAUGACGACAAUGACCAACAUGUCAAUAAAUUUCCACAAUGAAAAAAGGAAUUAUGUUUUCGAAUGGUUCAUGCACAUUUUGCUUGUAAUGUAUGUUCCCAUGGUAUCUCCCAUGAAUAUAUAUAAAUGGUUCAAGUAUCUGCAGGCAGAGUCUGCGUUCGAUUUUUGUCUAAAUAUGAAUGAGAAUUACAUCUGAUCUUUGAAUGAUUGUUA